GAUUUUAAAAUGGCAUUAGUGGCGAGCACAAGGAGCCAGAAACUGAAAGCGCUUUCACAUCCUGAUAAAACCCAAAAUUGUAGCAUAUAUAAAUUAUAAAGGUGCUUCAAUGUCGGCAAACAAAUAUUCUAAAGCUAAAACGCCUUGCCGUUUCGAAAUUUUAAGGCGCUUUCAUUUCUUCAGGGGUUUUCUGCUUGAAUGGUUACAGUCAUGUGACGCCUUGUAACAUAACACCUCAUUUGACUUCCGGGCUUCAGGGAUCAAUAAAUCAAUCCAGUUUUUGGUACUACAACUCAUUCAGCCCGCUGCAGUCGACGAGUGCAUAUAUGUAAAGUAUUCCAUGCUAAAAAAAAGCGUAGAAAUAGCUCGGAAAUUAAUAUCUAUUGGUUGGAUAAAGGUAUCGAAAGCAAUUGAAGUUAGUUAAUACAACCCAUUCACACGGUGGACGAUAAUCCAAUAGGUUCCCAAAGUAAUGGGUUGUGCCGUGAGCCGCCUCUGUCUAGCCCAACCCCCAAAGCUACUGGUUGUUGAAGAACCAGUGCUUCAAAAACCAUCUAUCAAACUGUGUGCCCUCGAGAAUGUGUGCAAAACCUUUGCUGAUGUUGGUGACAAAGUGGUUGUCUAUGUGGACUUUGGGUUGUCAUGGAGACCAUGCAGCCUACGAGUGGCCAAUCACCAUGGGAUCAGAAAAAUGGCAGCAUCGGCAGCAUGCUUUGAUGACGAUGAGGAGCAGCGACCAGAUCGCUACAGAUAUGAGAUAAUGGUGGCUGGCCAAAUAACAGAAUUGGAACUUGUUCAUCCCGCGGACCAGAGCAGUAGUAGCUUCAAGGCGUGGCUACGGCUACCUGAUGAUGACUAUGGGGGAUACACAGAGGGCUUGUGUAUUCCUAUUCGACUUCCUUACACGGACCAAGACGGCAAGACAUAUAAGGAAGUGUCUGAGUUUGAUGUAGAGCAAGCAAGCGCUGUGUUGUUCCAGCCAUUGUGGAGUCAACUCAAAAAACAUAACAGAGACAGUAUAGUGUACGAGACCAUGUGUCGUAGUGGAUCAAUACUUAAGGGGGUGGGGUAUGGAAGCAUGGAUCCUCGACAGGGUAUUCCCCAAGGGGGUGUAGAUGAAGAGGAUGCUCAGCACAUUGAAUCAGUUGAUGCCGAGGCUGCACGGGAUGAAGAGCGUCGAAGGCUGCUGGCACCAGUGUCCCCGGCAAAACGCUUUUGGCCUGAUAGUUGGGAGAUGAAAUGCUGGCGCAGUCACUGUGACUGCAUUCUACGUUCUGACAGACCCCUCCCUCGUUUCAUAGCUACAUUCUUUGUGGCCCCCCUGACCAAUGUCACUGGCCUUAGUCUUCACUACCAGCUUUACCUGGUCGAGAUUUUCCAUACAAGGUUCUGGACAAAGCUUGGGCAUUAUUUAUUCAUGCCUCUGGUAGUACUGGCCAUGCUGACUUUCUUUGCACAAUUCCGGUUCCAAGGAUGCUAUACUACUGAUAACAUCUCCGUCCUGGUACCUAACGGAGCUGCAGUCCUGGCCGCCAUCUUUCUUGUGUGGUACAUCAUAUGGGGACUCAUUCAGAAAACGCCUUUUAUGGGAAUCUUUAUGGUGCUUCCUCUCUUCGUAUUGUACUGCCUCGCCAACGUCUGUUUCCAGCUUGCCGUGAAAAAUACACGUCAGAUCCUGGGUAUAAGUUUUCCUCCGGAAGCCUGCUGGAAUAAUACGAAGCUGUACCGAGACUUCUAUUUCUAUAACGGGUUUACGCUUAUUGCAUGGUACUUUAACCCGGUCACAUGGGCGCUGGUGAUGGCAUUUGGUCAGACGAUGUCUCAUCUUUUUGAACCUAAGAUUCCGCCUCGUGUAAGCCAGACGGCACAUUGGAUGAGUAUCCCGGAUAUGCUCAAAGCAUACGGAAUAAAGACUUUCUGGAUACUUUUCUGUCAAGCAAUAUUUGGCACUGUUGAUGAGUUCCUUGCCUCUCCGCGCAUUCUGCCUCUGCUGAUCCUGAGAGUGUGUUAUACGCUUGGCUAUCAGCCUAAGGAAUGGAGAUGUUUUACGAAACUCGUCAAGAAGUGUCAAGAAUAUGGUGACCCAGCGCUAGACUACAUAGGCACCGGGGGGUCCCAGUGGGUCCCAGAGGGUUCUUCAAUCACAGACGACAGGACACGUAUAGGUCAGCUGAAAAAAGAAGUAAAAUCGAUGAAGCACGCACUGUCCGAUUCACAGGAAAAGAUGCUCUCAGACCCACGACAUCUGAAGCGCUUCAAGGAGGAGGGCAAAGUGGAUGCAUUCUUGGAGCAUUACAUUGUGUUACGACAUUACGUGGCACAGUACGAGUUGCAGGUGUAUGCAUAUGGCCCCUUCCGGACAGAGCACGAAGACCAUCAUGCAAUGGCAGACAAUAACAGAAUGCAGAAUGACUUCGGACACAACAGCAGUUUUAUUAACUUCCUACAGCAAGUACGCUUCGGGUUAUGGAGUAUGGAGGAUCAGUUAAUAACACGGCGAGCCACAUGCUGGAGUAAUUGCUGCAGUGUGGAGCCUUAGUAACCUUUAGCCUUAGCAACACUUGACCGUAGUAACACUGAGCCUUAGCAACACUGGACCUUACAAAUGUUGAGCUUGAACAAUGUUGAGCCUGUCAUUUAGAAGUAUGGGAAAACUAAACCUUUACAACAUUGAACCUUAGCAACACUAGGCCUUAGUUACACUGGAUAGGGAACUCCUAUCUAUUUUUAACAUAAUAAUAUAAUUUUUUUAUUUCAAAAUAUAUUGUAAAAUAAAAAAAUAUUUCUGUCAUUUUACAUGUUUUGUAAACUUAUAUCAGAAUCAAUGUCAUCCAUGCGGGUGAAAAAAUCCAUUAAAUAAAUAAAGUACAUAAACAACUAACACAAAUUUGUUUCUGGUUUUAGAAAGAAAAGUACAAAUUCCUAAGAGAUAGAUGUAAUAUUUUGUAGUUUUAGGAAUCAAGCCAAAACAAUUAAAAUUGUGUAUGUUGAGCCUUGUAUGUUGGGCCGAUUAGGCCUAGCAAUGGGUGGAAAGAAGGCCUAUAGAAAAGCUGAAUAAUAAAAGUAUGAGUGAUUAAAA